AUGCCAGAUUUUACAGAUUCCCUUCUCCCAGCCGAACCAAGUGGCGCCUCUGUCCUGGCAUCCGAGAGAGCGCGCUCUAACCUCUCUAUUGACGAACUCUCGACUCACCUUCACUCUCACGAUGGCUUCCUUGCCCUACAAGACAAAGUACUCCCUAUUCUUCAAUCGGAACCACUCUUGAACAAGUCGACGCAGCAUAACCUCUCUCGCCCGGACCGAUUCAAGCUCGCGCUCGCCCGCGCGAAACUCGUUCGUCGCCUCGCAGACAAACAUGGCUGGACACCCGCCGAGCACGAGAUGGCCGAGUACUUGGUGGACGAGGUCAGCCCGUACAUGCUGCAUAUGGGGAUGUUCAUCACGACGAUCCAGGAACAGGGGAGUGACGAGCAGCGACAGGAAUGGUUACCGAAGAUAGAGAAGUGGGAGAUAAUCGGGGCCUAUGCACAGACUGAGUUGGGACAUGGGAGUAAUGUCCGUGGACUUGAGACUCAGGCGAGAUGGGAUGGAACAAGGAAAGGGUUUGUGCUGCAUAGUCCAACCCUCACUGCCAGUAAAUGGUGGAACGGGACGCUCGGCCGGACAGCGAACCAUGCGGUUGUGGUUGCACAGCUGAUGCUUCCUGACCCUGUCCAGACCUCAGAAGGAGAUUCUGGAGAUCAGCGAGGGACGAAAUAUAUCUCGUAUGGACCUCAUCCCUUCAUUGUCCAAGUGAGAGAUAUGAAAACACACCAGCCCUUUGAGGGCAUUGUUAUUGGCGACAUCGGGCCAAAAUAUGGGAUUAGGAUCCCCCACUCCGCGCUGCUCUCGCGAUACUGCUCGGUCAACCCCGAAACAGGCCGCUAUUCAAAACCGUCUCAACCCACUCUCGUCUACGGGACGCUUACAUACAUGCGCUCAAAAAUAGUCCAGCAUGCUCGGCUUGUGCUGGCCCGCGCCGUGACAGUAGCAGUUCGAUAUACGGCCAUCCGCCGGCAAUUCAAGGAUCGCGACGACGCUUCCAAGAAUAGCCCUGAAUUGCCGGUCCUCGACUAUCCAACUGUGCAGAUACGCAUCCUGCCUCUUCUCGCCACGGCAUUCGCACUGCACUACACGGGUUUGGCAAUGCAGAAUGUGUACUCUCGUACUCGGAGGCAGAUUGAAUCGGGAGAUUUUAGUUCUCUUGCAUACAUGCAUACAGACGGUAUCGAGACCUGUCGACGGGCACUCGGGGGUCAUGGAUACGGCGGUGGGAGCGGGCUUGUGCAGUUGAAUGCAGACUACUUAUCCAAGGUUACAGUCGAGGGGGACAACUGGAUGAUUACGCAGCAGACAGCGGCCUAUCUGAUAAAAAAGAUGGGCUCUGUUGUUUCUGCAUCAGUGGCAAAGGUGGAAAAAGACGAAAUUGAUGUACAGUUUACGACGUAUUUCCCCAAAAUACAGGGAGGAGAGACCGACAGAGGUGACCGGCAAUGUGAUUAUGAUAUCCUGCGGAAUGAUGGCGACCUGGUCCAGGCUUUCCAGCAUAGGGCUACCGCUCUCGCCUACGAUGUCUACCGAGAGCGCGUGGUGAGAAAAAGAGGAUGGACAUCCAUCAUGACACAAUUACACAGACUGAGCAAAGGUACUGAAUCUCUCCUCGUUGAGCAGGAACUAACAUCCUCAGCACAAUCACAAUCCAUCCUUGUAACGCAGUUUUACAACGCCCUCAGCUCAGACACGGAGCUGUCUGCGGCGGUUAAAGAUGUCCUCUGGGAUCUCUACCGCCUCUUUUCUCUCUCCACAUUAGAGACUGAAAAAUAUGAGUUCUUUUCACACAACGCCGCAUCGAAACACGACCUCGACGCAGUCUUGGAACGCAUCAAUGAGUUAACGUCCCGUAUACGCCCACAUGCUGUCCGAUUAGUGGACGCAUGGCAGAUCCCAGACUAUCUGCUAGACAGUGCUCUUGGCCGCUACGAUGGCCGGGUCUACGAAGACUUGUUCCACCGCGCUCAUCGUGUUAAUCCCCUGAACAAGACCACAGUCAACCCAAAUUACUGGGAGGAUGAAAUUGUGAAAAAUCAAGGGCCAGGAGGAGAGGAUAUGUGGAGUAUACUUGCGAAACUCUAG